AUGAUGGACCCCAAGUUCUUCAGCGCCUUCUUAGCAGGGGCGGCGGCAGCAGGAGCAGCAUUUGGCUGCAUGUUCGCAAGGAAUGAGAUGUCAGCGAGCAAGUGGAGGAGAGGAGUGAACGAGAGAGACGGAGAGGCUCGGAGUGUGUUGAACAAGUCAACGAACAAACUGGGAAGAGAUAAGGCAGGGAGGAACAAGAAGAACAAGCGCGAGGAGGAGGAGGAGGAAGUAGAGGAGGAGGAGGAGGAGGAGGAGGAGGAGGAGAAGGAAGUAGAGGAGGUGGAGGAGGAUGAAAGCAGCGAAGACGAUGACGAAGUCGAAGAAGCAACAGCACGUUCCUCUGCCAAGAAGCUUAACGGCCUUUCUACUCGUGACAAGAAGAUUUCAACUGGAAUGAUGAGAGAGAAAGAUGUAGAUGGGGAUGAAGAAAAAAGCAGCAGCAGCAGCAGCAGCAGCAGCAGCGAGGAGGAGGAGGAGGAGGAGGAGAACGACGACGACAGCGACGACGACGACGACGAAAAUGAGGACAAUGAGGAAAAAGAGAAAGAGGAGAGCAGCGAAAGCAGUGAGGAAGAGGAAGAAGUACAGAAGAAAGAGAGUAAAGGAGUGAGGGCCGAGGACGAGGACGAGGACGAGGACGAGGACGAGGACAAGGAGCAUGCGACACUUUCGACGAAGAAAGGUUCGCCGACGAAAUCAAGGAUGAGCGGAAAGGAAGCGAAGAAUGCUCGGGAGUCAGAGCAGGGUUCAUCAACCCGCAGGAAGAGGAGGAGGAGGAGGAGGGGCAAGAAGAAAUCACAGCAGGGGAAUGGACCGGAACAGCAGGGAAGCACAGGACAGAAGGAGCACGAGAAGAAGGAGAAGCAAGAGGAGGAGAAAAAUGCUUUCAUGAAGCAGCAGAAGGAACAGAAAGCAGCAUUGGCCACUUUGGAUAAAGAGAAGAGCAACAGAGCAAACGAAUCGCGAUCGGCAAGACAACCUUCGAACAAUACAAGAGAGCAAGACAACGACAAAGACAAAGACAAAGACAAAGACAGAGGCAAAGGCAAUGGCUGCAACUCGCACUACAUCUCAGAAAACUACGAGCAAUACAAGUUUCUUCAGACAAGACCAGCCGUGGGUGAUGAGAUUCUUUUCAAGAUCGUCGAGCUUCAGGGAUGGGUACCAAAUCUUUCCGACUACAAGCAAGCAAUAGUGAAGGGUUGGAGCUCAGACAAGCAGUUUGUCAAGCUUCAAAUCAUCUUUGCGCCGGAGGUCUCCAAGAUCGUUCCCAAGUUUCGUCACCCUUCCACUGGCGAGUGGGUAGAGGCGACGGAUGCCAUGGAAGAGGAGCAGGAGCAAGGAACUGAGGAAGAGACUGAGCUUGAAUGGUCAGCACUAAAUUCUGUGAGGCUAGUGCGGAAAGCUAGAUCCCCUCACUGA